ACUGUCGAUAAGGAAAUGGGGGGGAGGGGUUCUUCCUGUUCACUGCUGAAACAGAAACCAAAAAGCAACGAAGAGGAGAUGCAUGGUUUUUCUCGAGUUGACACGUCCCAGAAGUUUAGCAAAGCCUUCAUACACCAGACAUGGCUUCAGCCAGAAGUCUAAUAGCUGAUGACGAUUUUCGUUGUUCCAUUUGUCUGAGUGUCUUCACUAAGCCUGUGUCAAUCCCCUGCGGUCACAACUUCUGUUUUAACUGUAUCACAAAGUUCUGGGACUCAAGCAAUCCUAAAUGCAAAUGUCCACUGUGUAACGAGGCAUUUUCCAGCAGACCGAUGCUUCGGGUUAACACAACCAUCGCUGAGCUGAUUGAAAAGUUCAAAAAAACAAUCCAAGAAAAAUCCUCUGCUACCGUUGAAGAGGAACAAACAGGAGAAGUGCUGUGUAGUAUGUGUGAAGGGGCAAAGCUCCCAGCCCUGAGGUCCUGCUUGGUGUGUGUCAUGUCUUUCUGUAAAAAACAUCUGGAGCCUCAUCAGAGAAUUGCCACCUUGAAGAAGCACGCGCUGAUCAACCCAGUGGAGGACCUGGAAAGCAGGCUCUGUGAAAAACAUGACAAACCUCUGGAUAUGUUUUGCAUUGCAGAUCAAAGUUGUAUCUGUGAGGUCUGUAACAGCAGUAACCAUAAAACCCAUAAGACAGUGACCAUAGAGGAGGCGGCGCAAGUGCUCAAAAAACAGCUGGGAAUGAAGAAGAGUCAGAGGGAUCAGAUGAUCGAGGAACGUCAGCAGAGAAUUGAAGAGAUUGAAAACUCAUUGGAGGCUAGCAGAACUGACUCAGCGAUGGCACUGUCAAGCACCGUGAGUGCGGUGAAUGAUGUGGUGGACUACAUUAAGAGGAGCCUCGUCAAGUUCACUGAGGUUAUCAAUACAAAGCAGGGAAACAUUGAAACUGAGGCAAAAGGAUUACUUCAAGAACUGGAUCGUGAAAUUGUGCAAAUUAAGCAGGAAAGCACGCACCUCAAUGCACCGACUGACAAAGACCCUUUCCGGCUCCUUACAAACUUCCGUUCUCUUAGCAUCACUCAGCCCAAGGUGAAGGACUGGGCUGGUGUCACUCUUAAAUGUCCCCCGUUUCCAGCGCAGGGAUCCACGCUGAGGGCAAAACUCAUGAGAGAAAUAAGUAGUCUGUGUGAUCCUGACUUGAAAGAGAAGCAGCAGCAUGCUGUAGAUGUAACUCUGGAUCCUGACACAGCACACCCCAAACUCAGACUUUCUGCAGACAGGAAGAGAGUUGCACACGGAGAUGGAAUAAUGAAACAAAGAUACUUCCCGGAGAGCUUUGACCAACUCUUAGUUGUCCUGGGAAAAGAAGGAUUCCGCUCAGGAACAUUUUACUACGAGGUCCAAGUUAAGGACAAAACCAAAUGGCUUCUUGGAGUUGUAAACCAUUCUAUCAACAGAAAGGGCGAAAUACAACUGAGCCCAGAGAAUGGUUACUGGACCAUUUCUCUGACAAAAGGAACCGAGUUUACAGCCAAUACAAACCCUGCCGUCGACCUCCAUCUGAGCGGGAUCCCUCAAAAGGUCGGAGUGUUUGUCGACUACAAGGAGGGUGAAGUCUCCUUCUACAAUGUGGAUACACAGGCGAGAAUCAUCUCCUUCACUGGAUGCACCUUCACCGAGCAGCUUUUUCCAGUCUUUGGCCCCGGUCAUAACAAUGGUGGUGAAAACUCCACCCCUGUGAUCAUCACUUCCGUCACACACAACGCCUGAGUUUUUUGUUUGUUUUCCAUGAUUACGAGAAGAAGAAAAAAAAGAAAGAUAGAAUGUUGAAAUGUUUUCACCCGUCAAAUUGCAUUGUGCAAAACCCUCAUGUGCUGUGUUUGAGUGGAUACUGUGCAGACAGGAAGUUGUUAAAUACUGUUGUGUGUUGAAUAAGUAGGUGAUGUCCCUCAUUUGACAUGUAUUCUCCAAAGAAAAGAUAAUAAUAAAGGUGGUUCAAGAA